AAAGGCCACCUACGCUCGGCCUCCUCAUUCAAUUUCCUCCUCCUCUCCUAGCCGGUCUUGACCCCCCCCCCCCCCCCCCCCCGGCAGCUUGGAGAGAGUCAUAGCAAUAGCAAAAUGGGGUUCUUUUCAUUUCUUGGAAGGGUUCUCUUUGCUUCUGUUUUCAUCCUUUCUGCUUGGCAAAUGUUCCAUGAAUUUGGGGAAGAUGGUGGGCCUGCUGCAAAGGAAUUGGCUCCCAAAGUGGCUGGUCUGCAGGAUUUUCUUGAAUCCAAGUUGGGUGCAGGGACACCAAAAAUUGAUGUUAGUCAUGUGGUAGCAUUAUUCAUGGCUCUGAAAGGAUUGGGUGGAUUGCUAUUUGUAUUUGGCAGCUUCACUGGUGCUGUCCUACUGAUGUUUUACUUGAUGUUGGCCACUCCACUACUGCACGAUAUCUGCAACCUUAACUUUGGAGAACCACAAUAUUUUACUCUUCUACAAGAGUUCCUGCAGAGCGUGUCACUUGUUGGUGCAUUGCUGUUUUUCGUGGGGAUGAAGAACUCGAUUAACCGGAGGCAACCAAAGAAAAAGACCCUCAAGCCCAAGACAGCUUAGGAUGCAUGCAUCAAAGAAGGGUUUGUACAAGAUUGGAUUAUUCUUGGUGGUUGGUUUAGCUUUUGUGAUUAGAAGUGACUAGUUAAGUCAGCUUUACACUUGGGAGUUCUUCAAGAAUAUUUUCCCCACCCCCUGGAUUUUUUGCAUUUUUUCCUCUUUAAAUCCAACUAUUAUUGAAAUUAUGGGGGUGCAAUAUUGUCACUGUGAGGAGGUUUUCAAUUAUGGUGCUUGAAUUACCUUUUAUAUUAAAGCUUUCUCAGUGUCCCAGUUGA